AUGUUCCGUCCUCUUAGCGCCCGACUGGCGCGGACCAUUCGUCCCAUCGCGAGACACACCCAGGUCCGCGGCAAAUCCUCUCAGUCUUCCGCCUCUGCAGCUCAAGCUAGCAUUGCAGCCACUAGCCCCAAGCAGCAGCAACAGUCUAGAUCCAUCAGCGGCAGCCCCAACGUCAGAGAGAAGCCUCACCCGGGCCAGUAUUCGAGAACCGACCCCGAUGUCACUGUCGAGUACCCUGAAGACGACCAGCUGCCUAGCAGUCAGCCGGUCCGCGGCCACGGUGGUGGCAUUGGCAAGCCCACGCUUGCUUCCUUCUCUCUCGAUGGCCACACCGGCGUCGUCACCGGCGGUGCGCGCGGCCUUGGCUUGGUCAUGGGCCAAGGCAUGGUCUACUCCGGCAGCGACCUUGCCAUCGUCGACUUGAACAAGGAGGAGGCUGAGCUCCAAGCCAAGAACCUGCUUGAGGCAUUCAAGAGAGAAAACCCAGAGGCCAAGAGAGUUCCCAAGGUGACUGCGCACCACGCAGACGUCUCAGACCCCGCCUCUGUCGACGCCUGCAUUGCUGAGAUCCUCGCCGCUCACGGCAAGAUUGACAACCUCGUCACGUCGGCCGGCUUCACCGAGAACUUCGACGCCAUCAACUACCCCAUUGAGCGCAUGCGUAAGCUCUGGGGCGUCAACGUCGACGGCACAUACCUCUUCGCUAUCGGAGUCGCCAAGCAUCUCAUGGAGCGCAAGUCUCCCGGAAGCAUGGUCUUCAUCGGCAGCAUGUCUGGCUCCAUUGUCAACAUUCCCCAGCCUCAGGCACCUUACAACGCCGCAAAGGCUGGUGUCCGUCACUUGGCUGCCUCUUUGGCUGUCGAGUGGGCUGGUGCGGGCAUUCGUGUCAACUGUAUCUCUCCCGGCUACAUGCUCACAGCUCUAACCGAGAAGAUCCUUGACGACAACCCAGACCUCAAGCAGAAGUGGACUUCUCUGAUUCCUCAGGGCAAGAUGGGUCAGCCCAAGGACCUUAUGGGACCCGUCACUUUCUUGCUGUCUGAUGCCUCUCUCUACGUCACGGGUGCGGACCUCCGCGUUGAUGGCGGUUACACCGUCACAUAA